AGGACUUGAAAGGCGGAGCCCGGGCCGGGCGGACCGUCACACUGUUCCCGCGCCAGGCGACGGCUGCCACCUCUUCGGGCCGCGAAGAGCCUGGCUAGAGCUUAGUGCGUCUCCCCCGACGCGAGGCCGUUUUCCUGAUAUCUGCAAAAUGGCUGAUAAUUUGGAUGAAUUUAUUGAAGAACGAAAAGCCAAAUUGGCUGAAGACAAAGCGGAAUUGGAAAGUGAUCCACCUUACAUGGAAAUGAAGGGAAAGCCAUCAGAGAAGCUUUCUGAAAACAGUAAAAUACUAAUCUCCAUGGCUAAGGAAAACAUACCACCAAACAGUCAACAGACCAGGGGUUCCUUAGGUAUGUCAUUAGGAAUUGAUUAUGGAUUAAGUUUACCACUUGGGGAAGACUAUGAACGGAAGAAACAUAAACUGAAAGAAGAAUUGCGGCAAGAUUAUAGACGCUAUCUUACUCAGGGUAUUACACAAGCAAAAAAAAAGAAAAAUUUUCUAUCCACGAGUGAAACAGAUCCAUCUGCUCUGGGAGUUUCUCUUCCUAUUGGUGAGAGAUUAUCUGCCAAGGAAAGAUUGAAACUUGAACGCAACAAAGAAUACAAUCAAUUUCUCAGGGAUAAGGAAGAAUCUACUGAAAAGUUCAGACAGGUAGAAAAGAGUACUGAGCAGAAGAAUCAGAGAAAUAAAAUACCUAUUAGCCAGGUUAAACUUGAUUUACCUUCACAAAUACAGUCAUCUCGUGAAAAUUCAGAGGGUCCUAGGAAAGAUGUCUUAACUCCUUCGGAGGCAUAUGAAGAGCUGCUAAACCAAAGACGACUGGAAGAGGACAAAUAUCGACAACUAGAUGAUGAAAUUGAAUUAAGGAAUAGAAGAAUCAUUAAAAAAACUAAUGAGGAAGUGGGCAUUUCCAGUAAAAAACAUCAAGGGUUUGCCAGCAAGACUGACAUUCCAGAUAGAAGAUUUCGCAGGUUUAAUGAGGAUCGUGUUUUUGAUAAACAGUAUUAUAGCCCAGACCAAGAUCCUGAAGUAGGUGAAGAAAUGGACGAGAGGUUUAGAUAUGAAAGUGAUUUUGAUAGAAGACUUUUGAGAGUGUAUACAAAUGACAGGAUGUACGGGAACAGACGAGGGAAUGUGCCUCCUAAGGAGUAUGGUGGUGAUGUCAGAGAACAGUCAAACAUACGAAUUUCAUCUGCUGGAAACCAAAGCACUCGAGACAACAUACCAUCAAAACCUGCUAACCGAGAGAUCUGUAGCCCUUUUGCAGGGAUGCUCUUUGGAGGUGAAGAUCGAGAACUUAUUCAGAGAAGGAAAGAGAAAUAUAGACAAGAACUAUUAGAACAAAUGGCUGAACAACAGAAGAACAAGAGACGAGAAAAAGAUUUGGACCUCAGAGUUGCAGCUUCUGGAGCACAAGACCCCGAGAAAUCGCCUGAUAGACUAAAGCAGUUUAGUGUGGCACCAAGACACUUUGAAGAGACGAUACCACCUGAAAGACCCAGAGUAGCUUUCCAGACACCUCUCCCUCCUUUAUCUGCCCCAUCUGUCCCACCCAUCCCAUCAAUUUACUCCAUCCCAUCUCAAAAUGAAGAUUUGCACAAUGGACUCAGCAGCACCCUUGGUGAAAUGGUGCCUCCCAGGAUUGCACCUUUGCCUCCACCUCCGCUACUGCCACCUUUGCCUACCAACUAUCGAACUCCUUAUGAUGAUGCAUACUAUUUUUAUGGGGCCAGGAAUACUUUGGACCCUAGUCUUGCUUACUAUGGUUCAGGAAUGAUGGGAGUGCAGCCUGCAGCUUAUGUUAGCGCUCCUGUCACCCACCAGCCAGCGCCGCCUGUUGUGAAUACGGUUGGACAGAAUGAACUAAAAAUUACAAGUGAUCGAGCAAUAAAUUCAGGAAUGUUUUUUGAAGAUAAACCAAAGCCUUCAAAACAGUCACUUCAGUCUUACCAAGAAGCUUUGCAACAACAGAUUCGGGAAAGAGAAGAAAGAAGAAAGCGAGAACGGGAAGAAAAAGAAGAAUAUGAAGCUAAAUUAGAAGCUGAAAUGAGAAGUUAUAACCCCUGGGGGAAAGGUGGAGGUGGUGCUCCUCUUAGAGAUGCAAAAGGAAAUCUGAUAACUGAUUUGAAUAGGAUGCACAGACAAAAUAUAGAUGCCUACCAUAACCCAGAUGCAAGAACAUAUGAAGAUAAAAGGGCUGUUGUAUCUCUAGACCAAAAUUUAGCCACUUCAAAUGCUGAGAACCUAGAAGAUUCUGCAAAUAAAAACUCAGGUCAUAUGCAAACACAGAACUCUCCUUUUGCUCGGGGAAAUAUAUUUUGUGAGCCUCCAACUGAACUUCAAAUUAAACAGCAGGAGUUAUACAAGAACUUUCUUCGUUUUCAGAUUGAGGAAAAGAAACAAAGAGAGGAAGCAGAGCGAGAGAGAUUGAGAAUUGCUGAAGAAAAAGAAGAAAAACGGCUUGCAGAACAGAGGGCACGAAUUCAGCAAGAGUAUGAAGAGGAACAGGAAAAGAAAAGGGAGAAAGAGGAGGAGCAAAGGCUGAAAAAUGAAGAGCUUAUUCGGCUAGCUGAAGAAAGACGAAAAGAAGCAGAAAGAAAGAAGAAAGAAGAAGAAGAAAAACAUAACCUACAACUUCAGCACUACUAUGAAAGAGAAAAUAUAGUUGGGGAAGAAACAAAGCACUUUAGACAGCCUUCUCCUGUAGUUCCUGCUCUUCAGAACAAGAUUGCAAGCAAACUCCAAAGACCACCUUCAGUUGACAGCAUUAUAACUUCCUUUGUGCAGGAAAGUUCCAUGUCCAGAGCACAGUCUCCUCCAGUACCUGCCAGGAAAAAUCAGCUUCGGGCCGAAGAGGAGAAAAAAAAUGUAAUUAUGGAGUUAUCAGAAAUGAGAAAACAGCUUCGUAGUGAAGAGCGGCGUUUGCAAGGGCGGUUGCUACACAUGGACAGUGAUGAUGAAGUUCACAUAAGGAGAAGAGACAGGAAUCCCAUGGAUGUGUUUGAUAUGGCUAGACAUCGCUUACAGGCUCCUGUCAGAAGACCGUCACCUAAGGGCUUGGACGCUGCUACUUUUCAGAAUAUCCAUGACUUUAAUGAGCUGAAAGAUCGAGAUUCAGAAACACGAGUUGAUCUGAAAUUUAUGUACCCGGAUCCUCCAAGAGACCAUCACACCUUAGAGAUUCAGCAGCAGGCCCUGCUGAGAGAGCAGCAGAAGAGACUGAACAGAAUAAAAAUGCAGGAAGGUGCUGAAGUUGACUUACUAGAUGCUGUCCCAGGUGCUACAGGACGAGACUACAGAAAGCCCAGAGAUGACACUAAUGAUUUCUUGAAAAAUUCAUUAUUGGAAUCUGAUAGUGCUUUUAUUGGCGCGUACGGUGAGACGUACCCUGCCAUCGAGGAUGACGCCCUCCCGCCUCCGGCACAGCUGCCCUCUGCGAGGGAGCGCAGGAGGAGCAAGUUGAAAGGACUGGACUCUGAUGACAGUCACCCUAAUGUACCACCAGAUGGCCUCUCUUUAAAAUCUGUAUCCAGUGUAAAUGUCGAUCAGCUUAGAGUGAGAAAUGAGGAACGAAUGCGAAGACUGAAUGAACUCCAGAAUAAACCUAUUAAUACAGAUGACGAGAGAUCACUGGUUGACCCUGACGACAUCAUGAAGCACAUGGGUGACGAUGGAUCAAACUCUGUAGCCACUGAGCCCUGGCUCCGCCCAGGCACCUCGGAAACGCUGAAGCGGUUCAUGGCGGAGCAGCUGAGGCAGGAGCAGCAGCAGGUUCCUGGAAAACCAGGCACUUUCACUUGGCAGGGCCUGUCAACGGCCCACGGUUGAAUAAACCUGUGCUGGACCCAGUAGUGCCUUUUAAGGUGAAAGGAAUGUGGAAUCUGAACCGUAACAGUAUGUGCCACCAUUGGCCCAUGCCUGGCAGUUCCAUCUGUACAUAAGGUGUGUUUUUUCCAUGAUAAUGUAUAGGAUGUAUAUUAUGUACAUAAAUAAAAGGCCAUGAUUAUUAAUUUAUAUAAUGUAGGAUUGUAUAGAAUUAUUUUUGCACAGUUUUGCCAUAAACUAAACUAGGGUGGUAAUGAACUCUUGGAAUCAACUACCGUAUGUGCAUUAUUUUCAAUUCUGCUUGUCAGUAAGAUAAGAUGAAUAAAACACGAGUGUCUUAACAGUACUGUAAAACCAGAAUACUGUUCUGUGUUCAUCUGUUAUCGCUGUUCUCAGUGAUUUUUCACUUAGUAAGAGUAGCUGUGACUGUUCCAGCUGCUGUGAUGAGAAUCAGACGUGUGUGCUUCCAUGUCAUUUAUGGCUGAUUCAAUAUAAAUGACUGAUGGGAACUGUUUGUGAUUUUAUUCCCGUGAGCCAUGCACUAAAUGUCACAUCUUUCUGCCUCAAUUUUUGUGCCAACAAAGGCAUUAAGUUUGCUAAUUUAUGACUUAAAUACUUCUUGACAGAAAUAAAUUAUUUUUAUUACCAAUAA